CCAUCGACGUGCUGUGAACUUUCCCUCAGGAGCGGAGUUGUUGCUGUUUGUUUGAGCCAUGGAGAACGAUGCUGGUGUCGAGGAGAAGAAUGGUGAAGCUGCUGUGGAUCAAGUUCAAGAGCCAGCAGCAACAGUUCCUCACAGAUACUCCAAGGAGGAACUACUGGAAAUAAAAGAACUGCCAGUCUCUAAUGAAAGGCCAGAGUGUCUCUCUGAUAAAUAUGACAGUGAUGGUGUUUGGGACCCUGAGAAGUGGCAUGCCUCACUGUAUCCCACUUCAGGACGUAGCUCUCCGGUGGAAGGUUUUAAGAAGGACUAUGUGGACGAUAGAAUUCCUUUGAAACGAAGAAUCCCAGAUCCUCGUGAGCGGUUAAAGGAGGACGAUCUGGAUGUCAUACUGAGCCCGCAGCGACGCAGCUUUGGAGGUGGAUGUCAAGGCAAUGCUGCCCUUGCACCCCAUGUCCGUCGCCCAAUCAGCCCCCUGGAAAAUAAGGAGAAUGAGAGUCUUCGUCUCGGAGGAGCACGCAGAAUCGGCAGUGGUCGUAUAAUUGCUGCCAGAGCAUUCGAGAGAGAAGCCCGUGCAGAAAAAGAGAGGGAGCGCGAGAGGGACUUUAAAGAUAAAAGAUUCAGGCAGAGAGAUUUUGGUGACAAACGUGUCUUCAGUGAAAGGAGAAGGAAUGACUCUUAUGCUGAGGAGGAGCCGGAGUGGUUCUCUGGAGGUCCUACCAGCCAGUCUGAGACAAUUGAGCUCAUUGGAUUUGACGACAAAAUCCUGGAAGAUGAAAGGCGCAGGUCUAAGCGGUCAAGGAAGCGGGCGGAGUCUGUAAAAGAAGUUGUGGAAUGUAAUGGAGGACAGCCUGAAGAGCAGGAUGCGGGUUUACAGUCCACUGCUGAUCAGGAGGUUCCCCACCCCGAUGUGCUACCUGAGCAGACGACCGGAGACUUUGACUUCAAUGAAUUCUUCAAUCUUGAGAAGACCAUGCCAGGACUGGCCUCAAUGAUUGAAGACGUCCUGGGGGAGGGCCCUGUUUCUGCUAGCCGCUUCAGUCAGUGGUUUUCCAGUAACCUGAGCCCUUCAGGCAGCCGGUCCAGCAGUCUGAGGUCAACUCCUCAUGAGGAGCUGGAAAAACUUGCAGGGCUUGAGCCACGCUGCACGUCCCCUAGCCACGGCCCUGCCUCAUUCUUCACACCUAUUCAAUCAUCAGAGUGCAAGGAGAACGUGGACAUCCUGGAGCUGCUGCACAAAGCCAAAAUAGACCUGAAGCCUCUUCUCUCCACCCUGUCUGUCAACAAGGCAAGGCUUCGAGAAAGCACUAACUGUGGCGCUGUGCUCUCACUGGAGGAAGUGGAGGGAGGGAUGAACAGGAUGAAGCUGGGCUCCGAACCAGGACCACAGGUGCGAAAGAUGCCGCCUCCACAGAGAGGAAAUGGCACGCCUUUUAUGGCUGAACAUUUAGAGGAGGCGUUAACUGGCGGCCCCAGCGCCCGUCCGCACUCACGUGACUCAGACAUGUCGGCCUUUAAUAAACUGGUCAGCAGCAUGAAGGCAAGUGGAACUCUGCCAACUCACCCUAAAACCAACUCAAACAAUCAAAUUUCAGACCAGGCAGUGGUGACUGUUUCUGAAGCUCCAGCUCGAGCACCUGCGCAGCAACAGAAGAACAUAUUUCAGGAGCUCUUGGGAGGUUCAGCUCGUAGUGCCUCCCCUACACUACUUGGAAAUUUGUUGGGAAGCUCUGAAGGCCCGACCACCUCUGUCCCGCUUCAUGGUUUAUUACACAAGGGACCUUCACCUCCCCUCUUCCCACAGAGGGCACCCUCACCUGACUACUACAACAGUCGGCUGCAAUCUUCAACAGGUUUUCCUGUUGGUCCUCCACCUAUGUUACCAGAGCAGUAUGCUGAAGUCCACAGGCCUCUAAGCCCAAGAUCUGCUGCACAGCUUCAGAUGAGGGCACUCUCUAUGCCAGUUAAUCAUGUAGACCUGGAAGCCUUGGCAUUCCAACAAGACCUCGCUCUACAUGCACACCACGCAUUCCAGUCUGGCUUCAAGCAACCACAGGACAAGUCUUUUCGAAAUAGAUUACAGCAUGUCAAUCGCUCCCCUGGUCCUGGCCCUCAGCCUGCUGGAAGAAACUCACCAGGCAACCCUGUCACCAGCAUGUUGUCUCCAUCAUUCACACCCACAUCUGUGAUCCGCAAAAUGUACGCUACAAAAGAGAAAAGCAGAGAUGAAUCGUCAGGUCGUUCAGAGACUAAGGAGGACGCAACUUCACACUCUCAUGAUGACAGCAGCUCACCAAAUCUGUACCUGGAAGCAAUGGAUGGGAAUGCUGUCCAGACUGGGGCAGUAAAAGCUGGCUCCCAGAACUUGCAAAACAAGGACCAUGAGCGUCUCAGAUCCGGCUCCACUGGACACCAUACGCCCACAAUGGUUCCUCCAGGACCGACCUCAUCUUUCCCACGUCCCAUCUACCCCGUACCGCUGCUAUCACAUGUACCUAUGGUGCGCCCUCCUCCCCAGCUGCACCCAAAUGUGGUACAACGAAUGCUGGCCCAGGGUAUCCAGCCCCAGCAACUUGGACCUGCUCUUGUGCAAGCAGGUAUAUUUCCCCCACAUGUUGAUCUUGCACAACUUCAAGGCUUGCCUCCUGCCUUGCUUGGACAACCGCUGUACCCUCUAAGUGCAACAGGGCAUCCACUACUACCUCCCAGAGCCAACGCUCAGAUGCCGUUGGCAGUAAUGCAGCAGCAACUUCAGCAACAAAGACCCAUACAUCCGAGCAUCCCAGGGCCUCAGUCACAGAGCCAAGGCCCUCACCGGACAAAUGGCCCCCAGCAACACGGGGGUAGCCCCCCUCUUGGCCUCUCAAAGUGGUUUGGAUCAGACAUGCUAGAACAGCCACUCCCCUCCAUGCCAGCUAAAGUCAUAAGUGUAGAUGAGUUGGAGUUCAGGCCAUGAGAAAAAGACAAAAGGCUGGAUAGCAGGAUUCUUUUUUUUUCUUUUGCCCAGCUCCACUUCCUCUUUACCAUAAAAAUGUGAACUUUAAUUUGAAAGACAGUGCACAGACCUGGACAGUGUAACCAUGCCAUGCUUUGUCUUCAACCUUUAAGUCACUGCUUUUGAAGAUGCUUAUCAGCAGAAAUGGGAAGACAAGUGAUGGCAGUUUGUUUUGCUGGCUGAGUGAUUUUUUUUUUUUGUUUCUUUUUUUUUUUAAUUUGUAUUAGGAUGUGCGCAGUAAAUAUUGUAUAGGCCCAAUUGUACAGACCACGGGAAAGAAUCUUAUUCUCCCUGUAUAUAGCUUUUUUUUCUGUUUUGUUUUGGUAUGGGAAGUUUAACUGAAAGUCACCAAAAGCUGGUAGCAUUCCUUUGUCACAUCCAACUUUAAUUUUCCCCCCUAAAGUGCACUGAGAAAGGGCUACUGUAGCUGGGAAAUGUUGGAUUGAUGAGUAACUGAAGUGUGUAGUCUUCCUCCCCUUGUGGCCCUUUUCCUUAGAAGUGACUGAAUGGAGCAUUUCAAGACAACUCCAGGGGAUGCAGCGAGUGCUGGUUGUGCCUUUUCUUUGUUUUUCUAUCCUUUUAAAACUGUAUCCUUUCCCAUCCAACCUGUCACUGGGGGGGGGGGGGGGGGGGGGCGACAGCACUGCUCACAUUGUCAGUUUUCAAGGGUGGUCGGGAUUCAGUUUGUUCAUGUGCUAUUAAGUUAUAAAAAGCACAAAUAGAAUUAAUAAAUAAAAUCUUCAGUAAAACACA